AUGGCGCUGCAUCAACUCUUCACUUUGGCGUUUGCGCUCCAUCUCGAGCCCUUGCCCACCCUCGACUAUGCCACCGUACCUUACGUCAAAGAUGCAGAGCCUAGCAUGGGGUCAAAUCCAGAGCCUGAGAACCUUCGAGUUGGUGCAAACACCAAGUUAGAACCCAUCUACACCCGCCACCUUCCGCACUCGGUCGACACGCUUUCUUUCCUUCUCAAUCACACCUGCGCAAUCGAUGCCGUCAAGCCUUACUCCAAGCUCAUCAGCCUCCUCGAUGAAGCAGACGACGAUCCCGAAUUCCGCAACUUGCGCGAGUUCUUCGACGCUCGCUACGACGACAAAGGCUCGCUCGUAGGAGCCGACAAGGAGCCUCGAAAUCGCAUGCGCAGCAUCUCCCGCGCGGCUUCCACAAAGCAAUCCGUCCGACGUCCCAGUCACGCCACCGAGCCCCGCAAGCCGUCCUUUGCUGCAAGUCUCGGUGGUGCCUCUGCACUCAAGCUCAAUUGGCUUCGUCGCAACACUCAGUCCGAUUCACCAGUCCACGAAGCCUCGGACGAUGAAGACUCACAUUCCAAGAUAUCCAGUUGCGGCCCAUCCAACCCCGCGCCACCCACCGCUCCCUACAUCCGCCUCUCCAAACGUCCACGCUCUUCUUCCAUCUCCAGCUCUCCAUCUACUUCUUCUGCUUCACACCACCGCAGCACAGAGUACGAUACAACCAACUUAGUUACUUUCCGCAUAAGACUCGAUUUACACACCGUCGGCUUGGCACCCCCGCCUCCCAAGCUUCGAUCCCACCGUCAAGCAGAUGUUUCGGGCUUAGGUCUCCAGCGCGCUGGCUCCGGACGAUCUACCGCUUCGUCAGAUUGGAAAAAACGUAGGCCCAGCAGAUCCAGCUUGUCCGGCGGAGGUGCCGCACUCAAGCCUGUCGCCAGUCCGGACAGUGUCGCCUCCUUUGGUGCUGUUUCGGCCGCUGCAGAUGCAGACUCUGGCUUUCAGCAAGCCGCCCAUUCUGGCUUCAGUGAGCCUUCUAGUAUCUCUGCAACACUUGAGGCCAAUGUCAACACCACCAAAACUAGACUCGCGCCUUCUAACGAAACUCUUGGAAUAGCUACAAAUGCAGACAGCCAUCUAUCGAGCAUCACUGAAGGCGCCGUCCCCAGUACAGAACAGCUCACGUCCCCGACAACCUCUGGAAAGCCGGCCAGGCGCCCUUCAAUGAUGUCCAAGCUGCUCGACCUCGGCAGGAAAAGAUCCUUCCUCGAUCGCUUGACCUCGGACAACCAAGAUGCGCGCUCUGCUUCUCCAGCACCAUCUCAGGGCGAUGACGCCUCAGGCCAUCGCGCCAACUUUCGGUCAGGCCUCCAGCAGCAUCCUGACCAGGCAACUCCGUCCAACGAAGAGGCGCUAGAUCUCGAGGAAGAAGACGACGACGCCGCUGCUUUGCGCGCUGGUAUGAUGCAAUUAUCCGCCAACGAUGCCAGUUUGCAAGCUCGCAGGCGAAGCUCGGCUGGUAGCUCUGGAAAGAGUCAUGCUGCCGCAAGACAGACCCACCACAACCUUGGACCUGUCCAAGAAGACGGCAUGCUCGACCUCACGCUAGUCUCAUCACGCUCCAGUGCCGGCACUUCCUACUCGGAGCAUGUCGUUCCAGAAGAGUCGCUCGGCAGGCGCCCCUCGGCUGGAGCUGCUAGCGCCGCUACAAAGCGUCGUUCCGCAGCCCUAAUGGACGGUGGAGACUUUCUGUCGCUCUUUCGCGCCGCCUCUACUCUAAGUCUCCAGUCGGUCCAAGAUUCCAACCAGGUCACCGACGACGAUGGCGCAGAUGUCUCGACUCCAGGUCAAGACAGCGUCCGGUCGUCCAAGCAUAAGCAAUCUAAUGUAGCCGACACCGGCAGCACCAACACGCCCUCGAUUCGAACCCCACAGGUCCAUCCUAAGACGAGCUCCCUACCCGCCACACCCGGAAAGUCUGUCCGUUCAUUGGACCUGGAUCAGUCACCCAAUCCAUACACCUCGGCGAGCAAUCCAAUAGACGCGAGUUUCAAGCUGGGUGCCGCCUUGGCCCAAAACAAUGGCGAAGAGCAAGAGGCCUGGUGGCCGUGUGGGGACGUUGACCCUCUGCCCAUCAGUCUUUCCAGUGCUUUGGGAGAAGCGUUGGGUUGGGAAGGCAUCAUGCAUCUCUGCUAUGGCAAAGGCAGUCGAGCAGCGGCUGAGGGCAACCACGCUGCCCUGGGCAAGGCUGCUGCGCUCGACCAGGCCAACAAGUUGCACGAAAGAUCCGUCCAAGCUUGGAGGAACGGCGUGGCCAGCGCAGGAACCUCGCCACCGCGAAAGAACGAAACGCUUCCCUCGCUCCUGGAGCUGAGCGAAGGCAAUGCUCUCGCCGGCUCCUUGGCGCAUAAACUCAAUUUGGUUCCCGCCAGUGCCGACCUUGAAGGUACCAACAAUGCCUCGGUGCUUGAGCGGCUUCAAGAAAAGGCGCCACAGCGCUCCGCAACCGUUCCGCAGCCCAUCGAAUCGGCCGACGCGCUCGAGGGCAACACUGGCGGCGCUGCUGGUCCAGACUGGGCUGAGUCGGGUGCCGUUGACGAUCGGAUCGCCGCCUGCCGCAUCGACUGAGGUGCUCAAAGUGGCCACGGACAAGGUGGAUAGUGCGAUGCUGUCCAAGGUGCUCGGCACUUCGCUGAGCAUCUCUCCGUGCGUGCUAGCCGAUGCCACCAACCGAUCGUAUGGUUUUCGGCGUCGAGCUGGCAUCCCAGAGGGUCUCCCGCUCGGUCCAGAGAACGAAGAGACCAUCGACUACACAUGGUCGCGCAAACGAUUGUCGGUCGAGCACUUUGCCACCGCACUCACCAUCAGUUGCGACAGCGCGUUGCACUACUUUAGCCAGCUCGAUUCUAGUGAAUGGCCAUUCCGAUCGGCAUGGGAGCUCGACUAUUUGGAGAUGUGCGUCUUCAAAGCGCCACUGGUGGCUGACCGCUUCCCUCCACCAGGAGACGCGGUGGUGCCGGCCUCGCAGUCGUAUCGACCGGCAGAGGGCACUCCGGACCGAUCCCGCGUGUGUCCCAAUCCGGACGAAGACGGCGCCUGGGAGCCGGAUACCUGGAAGAGGUGGCUGCACUCGAUCCGAGAGGGAGACAUCAUUGUGCCCGCGAUCGCGUGGCAGGCGUGGUGGACGCUCAUAUCGGUGCUCAACGGCGCGGAUCGCACGGGCAGGAGCUAUGAUUUGCAGGUCAAGUCGCUCGAGGAGCCGUUCGAGGCGCUGACGGAUCUCAACGCUGUCUACCUCUGA